GAUUGGCCGGCGCAUCAUGACGGCUCCAGGUAAACGGGCCAAUACUGCGAGCGCGCACGUCAGCCGCGAGCCUCCCACGAGCCUCCCACGAGCGCAGCGGCGGUUGCAUGGAACGCUUUUCUCGCGCCCCAACAAUAGAGUGGUCAAACAGAGGGACACUCUUUGUUGUUUCUAAACACACUGAUAGCUUCAGCGGACCUGCUUUGAUGCCCAUUCCGCCGACAUCCACCCGGAGUUUCCCUUUGGAAAAAAAGGUGCCUGGACCCUUCUCCGCCGCCGCCUCUUCCAGCAGGAGUACGCUUGAUAACAGAGACAGUACAAUCAUGGAUCCGACCCGGGGAUUUAAAUUCUCGGACACGGUGGCACGCUCUGCCGCUCAGUGAGGAUGGACAGAAAAUAAGAGGAAUUUUAACAAACGUAUCAGUUGACUGGGUAGCAGUACAAGGGAGAGCAAGGGAGAAGAAGAAGAAAGGGAAAGACAGUGAUGUAGUGGUGUCGCAGCAGAAGGAUGCCGCUGGUGAAGCGCACCAUCGAGCCCAGGCACCUGUGCCACACAGUGCUGCCAAGGAACAUCAAGAAUGAGCUGGAGUGUGUGACUAACAUCUCCUUGGCCAACGUCAUACGCCAGCUCAGCAGCCUCAGUAAAUAUGCAGAGGACCUGUUUGGAGAGCUGUUCAACGAGGCCCACACCUUCUCUUUCCGAGUCAACUCCCUGCAGGAGCGCGUGGACCGCCUCUCCAUCAGUGUCACACAGCUGGACCCCAAAGAAGAGGAACUGUCUCUCCAGGACAUCACCAUGAGGAAGGCAUUCAGGAGUUCCACAAUUCAGGACCAGCAGCUGUUUGACCGCACGUCGCUGCCCAUCCCGCUGCAGGAGACCUUCCAGACAUGCGAGCAGCCGCCGCCCCUCAACAUCCUCACGCCCUACAGGGAUGACGGGAAGGAGGGUCUGAAGUUCUACACCAAUCCAUCCUACUUCUUCGACCUGUGGAGAGAGAAGAUGCUGCAGGACACAGAGGACAAGAGGAAGGAGAGGCGGAAACAGAAGUUGCAGGACCCCCGCAUGUAUGAUCAGGUCUAUAGGUACUUAGACCUUCCAGGGCAGCUGAAGGCAAUAGACCGUCCACAGGAGCCGGAGAAGGUACCACGGGUGCCUCACGACCGCAAAAAGGAGUGGCAGAAACUGGCGCUGGGUGCAGAGCUCGCCCAAGACAUUCCAGACGACAAACACAGAGAGGCCAACGGAUCUGCAGGUUACCACGAAAACAGGGCUCCCUUGUACAUGGAACAUUUGGACGGGCCCUUCUCGCUGGCGGCGCUGCCCUACACCCAGAUGAACGAGCUGCUGAACCGUACCGGGGACAGAAUGUAUUCACGGCCCCACGACCCUCCUCCGCCUCCACCUCUCAUGCACCCACUGGGAGAGAUCAAGCCACCCUCAGUGAUCAGUUCCAGUUCAGGUUUUUCCGACAGCAGACCCCAGUCUCCAGCCAGGACAGCAGGCCACAACUCCAACACUCCUCCUCCACCGCCUCCCCCUCUCCCCCCUCCGCCUCCCCCAUUACCAUCCGCGAGCCUGCGGGGCACUCCUCCUCCACCCAUUCCUCCUCUGCCGCUCCAGCAGCAGCUCCCGGCCAUCCCGCCUGCCCCUGCUCCUCUCCAGAUCGCCCCGGGUGUUCUCCACCCCGCCCCACCACCCGUGGCGCCUCCCCUCCACUCCUCCUCCCCGGCCCGUCUCCAACACAUGUUGGACAGGGGCCAGCCCCUGGGCUCCGGGACCCAGUCGGACGGCAGCAUCCUGCCUCCUCCCCCGCCGCCCCCUCCUCUGCCUCUCCCCGGAGCGCGGAGCUCCUCGCCCUGUCCGUCAGGCCCGCCACCUGUGCCGGCCUUCCCCUCAGCAGGAGCCAUGGCCUCCCCGCCGCCCCACACCCUCCACGAUGUCGGGGCCAAGAGGCACCACCCAGCCAAUCUGCCGCCCAUCAGCGAUGCACGCAGUGUUCUGUUGGAAGCCAUCAGAAAAGGCAUCCAGCUGCGGAAAGUGGAGGAGCAGCGAGAGCAGGAGGCUAAACAUGAGCGCGUCGGCAAUGACGUGGCCACGAUCCUCUCGCGCCGCAUCGCGGUGGAGUAUUCCGACUCCGAGGACGAGUCAGAGUUCGACGAAGGAGACUGGAUGGAGUGACGACGAUCACAAAGCAGCGUCGGCAGCAGAGGGAAUUAAAAAAAAAAAGUGUUCAGGUGCACCCCCCCCCUCCUCCUCCCCUCCUCCCCAAACCAGCCCUGCACUCCACACCUCGCCAUCAGAAGAGUCCUUUGUACUCUGGAGGGAAGCCAAACAUCGCUGCUGCCCACUUCUCCUCUGUCCAGCUUUUUGUUUUUUUAUCUCGUCAUAUCUCUGUCUCGUUGUGGUUCGUGUUCUGAGGGGAAUCUCCACGUCGUCCUCGUCUGGUCUCUCCAGCGUCUCCGAGAGAAUUUUUUUUUUUUUUGCAUUCAUUCUUUUCUGCACUACCACACGACCUUUGUUUCUGCUGGAUUUCUCGUGACGAAAUCCCCUCUUGUUUACUCUUGUGAUACAUGAAGAUAACUUUUUUUGAGGAAACCACUUGUUUUCGUUUCAUAUCUGUGCGUCGAUGUGUUAAAAAAAACCCAAAACAAAACAAAAAAAAAAGGAAAAAAUGAAGGCAUGUUGCAUUUAUCCUUAGUUUCUCCAGCACCAUUUUGCUACCUGGUGGCUGAACACGGCAUUGAACGAAUGCUGUUUUUAUUUUAUCGUCUUUUUAUUUACCUUUUAUCCGACGGAACGUUUGCAGUUUGAUCCGGGCCAGUAGCUGCUGAUACUGACCACUACAUGAACAGUCACUCAGUGCUGAACACCGGCUGGGUUGUCUUUUUGUUUUUCCUCUCUUGCUACCAGGACUGACUUCACCACUUAGCACAAGCAGAAGAUUGUGUCAGUAUGUCAUGGGAUGAUUGCUGUACGGUUGAAAAUGAAUAAGGGGGGUGGGGGAGCGUUAAGGCGUGUGCAUAUCCAUCCACUUACAUCUAACUUUUUAGCCCAGGGAAAUGUAUGCCAAGAGAUUGAGAUUUCUUUUUUUUUCCUUUUCUUGUCUGUCAAGGCUCUGCAGAGCCACGUACGCUCACAUGUAGACAUCAGGCAAUGUCAGAGAGAAACACUGAGCCAUUGGUUUUUAGUCAUAUCGGGCUCCCAUCCUGUUCUCAAGCUCUUCGCCACAGAAACGGACACUGGAAGCGAUUAGAUGCUGUAGACACACAUCAGAUUUUCCUGCCUCUCUUAAUUAUCCCUGAUGAAUCGUCAGCGUGCCAGGGGAAUACUUUUGAUUUUCGAGCAAGGUACCUACGAUAAUGAGAGUCCGACCACCACCAGGUACAGACCCACUCGCCACCACCGAAGGCAGCUCUUCCCUCAGAUCCCCCUUUUACUGUGUACCUGCCCACUAACGAGAAGCCUUACCUCGUUUGGUUCUGCAGCAGCAACUGUUGAUCAAAAGAAUACACUCCGUUUGAUACUGCCUUUUCAGGCGUGAAAGAGAAGGAUACAUUCUGCCUUGUUUUGGCUCAUUUCAAAGAAAAUGUCUGCCAUCCUUUUCCGUUUGUUCGUUUGUUCUUUCUUCUACUUGCCUUAUUGUUCGUACAAAACGUAUCGUUGAGUUGAUGAAUGUAUCGUGCUGUUACUACUUACUUGCCUGCGCUUGUAUGGAUUUGCUGUUUCUGUGUUCGGGGGGUAAAAAGGGACGGAGGGGACAGAAACCCUGGUUUAAAAAAAAAAAAAGAAAAAGAUUAGAUCAAUACUGUAUACCAUGUAACUUAUGUAACUGUUGACUGUAACAGUUUGCUUGAAUUAAUAAAAAUCUAAUGUUAUGUUUCAGCCCUAAA